UGCUGUCUAGUUUUUUAGUAUGUGCAGGUGACUAUAAUGGAAAAUGUGAUUAACUUCAAUGGAAAAUGUGAGGAUUUAAUGCAUAGAUUAUAUCGCUUGUGUUCAAAUCCUGGUAUGGUCCGUUGCAUUUUCUCCCUUCUCUGUUACAUUUGGUGCUGUAGACUGGCCCAUGGAACUGACCAGUGAAAAUCCCAGAUAGGAGAUAAAUAUCCUGGGUUGAUGUCUUCAAAGUGUGAAAACAAUUAGGGAGAAAAGAAGGUAGCAGUCGAAUGGGUUUGAUGGCUGGUGACCAGAUUCGGGACUGGAUUUGAAUCCUGGUCUGAUGUAUUUUCUCCAUUCCUGUUACAAACAUAAAAAAUUCUGCUGAAUAGAAAUUGAAAUAUGGCAUUGCAUUUUAAAACAUUCCAUAGACCCCACCCGCUGACGUAAUUCUUUUGCAGAAACAGAAAAAUGUGUACAUUUUUAAAUGCAUUGGAGCUUUAAUAAAGGGUUCACGGAUAAAACCGUUUCAAUAUUAAUAUGUAAAUAUUUGGAACAUAGCUCUUAUUAUGCAAUAUCUAAAUAAGGAUGGGCAUCACGAUAUUUUAAAAAAGUAAUCUGCAAAAACGCGUGUGCAUGCAGAAAACAGACAAAACAAAACGCGUCGUAUUAUCACACGAAAAAAUAAUGUUCGAGUUAAUAUUUUUUUCUGUUGGCACUCUCUAGUGUUUACUUUCAUUUUCAUGAUUUUGACAACAUGAAGGCACUUGGAAAAGUAAUUACAGAUAUUGAUUUAAACGAACCGGUUUCAGAAGACACCAUUAAACAAAUUAAGAAGGAUGUUCAUGAACAUAUAUUACUGAUAUUCAAAAAUCAAGGUAUAAUCAGUGGUCAACGACACGUUGAGAUAAGCAAGUGGUUUGGAGACCUGGAAUCGACAUUUUACAAACACCCGAGGUCACCAGACCCUGAUGUAUUCCGUGUGUCAAAUGAUGAAGCGGAGGGCUGCACAAAUGUUGGACGUACAGGAUGGCACAUAGACGGAAGUUUUAUGACGGAACCGUUUACAUUCUCGCUCUAUCACAUGGUUGCUAUCCCUAAGAGUGGAGACACAGCAUUUGUACCACUGACCGGCUUGAUUGAGAGUCUCCGACCAGAUGUGCGAGCCCGAUGGGAGAGACUGUAUAUGGUCAGUGAUCGGCGCUUAAGAUUGCAACAUCCUUUGAUUUAUCCACAUCCUGUCACAAAGAAACCGACUUUGUGCUUUCACCUAGGAAUGACCGAUGCUUUUGUUUGGGAUGCUGGAACAGACCAAGAGAGAAUGACAGAAUGGCCAGAAACCAAGCAGAUCCUGACGGAGAUUCAUCAAGAAAUCGAGAAAGACAAUCGCCAGUUGAUCUACUCACACCAGUGGGAAAAGGGAGAUUUCAUAAUAUCUGACAACUUGGCAGUUGGACAUGAAGCAACACCAGAAACACAGUACCCGGUAUCAGAUGUGGGUCUUCGUAUUUUACAUCGGACCACAGUCAAAGGAACGAGUAAGCCCACCAAGUCAUAACAGGAUUUGUUUGUGACAUGUGCAUUUGAAAACAAAACUUUACAUCAUAUAAUCAAGAACAUCCUGCAGAUGACAGAAAUGUUUGUUAUUGCUUAUUAUCACCCAUAAUUAAUUGAUUGAUUGUAUAUUGUUUGACGUCUUGCUAGAGAAUUUUUCAUUCAUAUGGAGACGUCCCAUGAUUAAAGGUUGAUAUUAUGUAAACCAUCUCACUUGGGACAUUUUCGAGUUACAUUGAUCUUGUUAGAUGACCUCGAUUUGGAUCUAAAGACAUUGACCUUGUGAUGACCUUGGUUUAGAUCUAAAUGCUUUGACCUUGUUGAGAUGACCUUGGUUUAGGUCUAAAGAAUUUGACAUUGUUGAGAUGACCUUGGUUUAGGUCUAAGGACUUUGACCUUGUGAUGACCUUGGUGUGGAUUAAAAGACAUUGACCUUGUUGAGAUGACCUUGAUUUGGGUCUACAGACUUUGACAUGAUGACCUUGAUUUGGGUCUACAGACUUCGACCUUGUUGUGAUGACCUUGGUUUGGAUUAAAAGACUGACCUUGGUUUAGGUCUAAAGACUUUGACCUUGGUUUAGGUCUAAAGACUGACCUUCUGAUGACGUUGGUUUGUUGCAAUGACCUUGGAUCUAAAGACUUUGACCUUGUUGAGAUGACCUUAGUUUGGGUCAAGACCAGAGGUCCGGGUAAUAAUUGUUGAGAUGACCUUAGUUUGGGUCUUCUGACAAAGCACUUGUAGUGUACAAGUCAGUACGUCUAUCCAGCAUUAACUACUUUACAUUUCAUAACUUGUUUUAAAACUAUAGUUUAAUUCAUAGGCAGGAUUAUGACAUACUGAAUACACAUCCCAUCUUUAUUACCUGGACCUCUGGUCUUUUAACAUGAGAGAUACUUACUCCUCCUAGGCACCUGAUCCCACCUCUGGUAUAUCCAGGGGUCCGUGUUUGCCCUACUCUCUAUUUUGUAUUUCUUAUAGGAGAUAUGAGAUUGAUCACUGUUCGUUAUCUUCAGAUAUUUCCUAAUUCACUAACUUGCUACGCAGUUCUCAAAUAUAGUCAGUGUCUCGAGUCCUUCUAAUUUAAAGAUACAUACUUUGUCCUUCUCCUGACCUCAACCUUUCAGUAUUACAGUGUUUUACUUUGUUAGUACACAUACAUCCAUGGCACCUUUAAUUUCAGUAAGUUUGCACAUGCUAUGCUUUAAAUUGACAAAUAAUAUGUUGGACUUGCUAAACUAUAAAAUGCAAUCAUAAUUUCUAGUUUUCCUAUCUAGUCAAUGAUCCAACUUUAAUAUUUUGGAAUAUGCUUUUAAGUAAACAUUUAAUAGGUACAGCUAAAUUUAAGGUUUUUUCAUGUUCUGGAAUUGAAAUUGUCACAAAUAUGUAAAUGAUUGAAUUAUUUGCUUCGAUGUAUUUUACUGAUCAAAAACAUUUAUAAUACAUAAUGCAUUGACCUUUGAAAGACAAAUUGCUGACUUGCACUGGAAUAAACAUCAAUAUUUUAAAAAUAUCCAUUGCUUACUUGAUGCUACUUGGGGUAUAUAGAAAAUUUACAAACAGGAGUAGCUUAAAAUAAAGAACCACAACUCUUCCUUCUUAGAAGCAACCAUGAUAUAAAGCGAUUGUGAAGUAUUUUUACAUUAGUUGCUUGAUUUUGUUUAGUUUGGAUUUCAAACUUAAUAUGUACCAUCUAGGGAAUACAUUUUUUUGUGUUAGACACAUGAACUUGUCAGUCCCUACUGGCAGAGCUGAAACAGACUACUACUUUGCACUUUAUAUGCCCGUCAAGACUCAGUUUUCAGGAAGCUGAAAUUUGGUACAUGGCUUACUAGCGGACGUUUAAAAAUAAAGUUUAAAGUUUCAU